AUGUGCAAAGAUUGUGUACCUCUAUACAAAUCUGGAGAAAAAUCACAACUUAACUAUAGGCCGAUAUCGAUUUUACCUGCAUUUUCAAAGGUAAUUGAAAGACUGAUCUAUAGACAGUUGCACAAAUAUUUAGAGGAUAAUAAGUUCCUGUCACCAGCACAAUUUGGCUUUCGCAGUGGUCGAUGUACAUCACAGGCUGUCUUGCGUCUCACUGAACAUAUACGAAAAAACAUGGAUAUAGGUAAUUUAACAGGAGCAGUAUACGUUGAUCUUAGAAAGGCGUUUGAUACGGUGAAUCACGGCUGUUUACUUACAAAGCUAUCAUAUUAUGGUAUUGUGAACAAUGAACUGAAAUGGUUUGAGGAUUAUUUGUUUGGAUGAUCACAAUUUGUCCAGUAUAACUUGGUCAACUCGCAGGUUGAAGCAGUGACUUGUGGCGUGCUACAAGGAUUGAUCCUAGGGCCUCUGAUGUUUGUGGUUUCCAUAAACGAUUUAGACAUUGCGCUCAAAAACACCAAGCUAAUUCUCUAUGCUGAUGACACUGUUGUAUAUUACUCUGGAAAAAUGUCGGAAGAAAUUAUCAAAAUUCUGAAUGAUGAUUUACAGGAGCUGGAUAAAUGGUUCAAGAAAAAUAAUCUGGUUAUUAAUAUGAAGAAGGGAAAAACAGAAUUCGUUCUCUAUGGAACUGCAAAACGUAUUGUGAUACAACAAUCAAGCGGUGAGCAAAUCAAUGUGACUAUUUGCGGUGAAAACGUUAAUCAAUCUGCAUCAUAUGAUUAUCUGGGUGUGACUUUGGACAGUAAAUUAACUUUUACUGAAUACUUGCAGAAACUUUAUAAGAAGGGCUCUAUGAGACUAAAACUGCUAUCCACUGUAUGUGAGAGUAUCUCGCCAUAUGUUGCUGAAACAAUUUAUCACGCUAUGAUUGAGCCGGUAUUGAUGCACUGUGUAGUAACUUAA